AUGGAGCCAGGUGAGCGCGGCGCGGGGGCGCGGGGGCGCGGGGACGGGCGGGUGGGCCCCGCGCCGCAGACCCCCCUGCCCCGAGCUGGGGACCCCCGAGGCCGCCGCGGGGAGUCGGGGCUGCAGGGCACGGUGGCGGGAGCGGCGAGGCCCGGGGGAGCAGGCUUCGGGCGGGCGCCGCCUCCGUGCGCUUUGUUCACGGCUGGGCCAGGUCCCCCCGGCCGCCCGUGGGGUCGGGGAGAGGACCCCACGCCGCACACCCGCGGGGUCGGGAGAGGACCCCACGCCCCACACCCGCGGGGCGUCUGCGCCGGAGCCCUGCGUCCGUCGGGGAAGCCAGGCCCCUACGCCGGCCCCUCCAAGCCCCUUCCCGGCCCGGAGCCCCAGGAGUCGAGUGGGGUGUCCCGGCCCCGCAGCAGCUCCAGCCGGGAUGGGACGAAGGGGCGGCCGGCCGGCUUGGACGACCCCUGCCCGGGCCUCGCGGCGCACCCCCUCUCCACUCCGGCCUCCGGGUCGCCCGCAGCCCUGCCCCGCUCCUGUUUACUCCCUGGCGGCGGUGCGCUCUCCUGGUAUUCGCCCUGGCGAGACCUCAGGCCGCUGCGGUUUUGUUUUGAUAACGGGGACAGGUGCUGGCUGGCCCAGUUGGCCGUGGAAGGCACGGGUCAUGGUGGCGGUCCGGACACCAAAGGGGGCGGCCCCUCCACCGUCCGGGAUGACCCCGGGAGCCCAGAGCACCCUGUGGAACCCGGGAGCCCAGAGCGCCCUGUGGAACCCAGGAGCCCAGAGCACCCCGCACUCCCGCAGCUGCCGCGCCGCCCGCAGCUGCUAGACGACGCAGCAGGCCCGCACGAGGAGGGGGCAGCGGCCGUGGAGGCCAGUGAGCCGGCCCGGCAGACUCCUGCAGCCGACCUCGGGACCGCCAGCGUCGAGGCCAGGCCUGGGCCCAAGGCAGCGGCUGGCGGGGCCCCGCACAUCGGCUUCCUGGGCGAGCCCCCGCCCUACGCGCCGCCCGACCCCAAGGCCGUGCACCUGUUGUACCCGCCCUACCCUCAAGUGCCGGUGCUGCUGCAGCCCACAGCCUCGCCAGCCGCCCUGUACCCGCCGCCGCCCACUGCGCUCUAUCCGGGUGCCCCCGCACCGUCCCCACUCUUCCCGCAGCCUGCCACUGCCGCUGCCACCUACUCCUUCCCCGUGUACGGUGGCCCGGUGGCUGCCCCCACGGCGGUGGAGCACCGGCCCGUGCCCAAGGACUUCAUGAUGGAGUCGGUGCUGGUGACUCUGUUCUGCUGCCUGCUCACUGGCUGCAUCGCCAUCGUGUACUCCUACGAGACCCGCGCCGCCCUGAGCCGGGGUGACCUGAGCCAGGCCGAGGAGGCGUCGCGGAAGGCUCGUGCGCUUGUGCUCUUCAGCCUGCUGUUUGGGGUUUUCGUGUCCGUCAGCUGGGUCAUCUACGUGGUGGUGGCCCUCUACCUGCCCUGAGUCCGUGGGCCUGAUGCCGGCUGGCAGCUGGUAGCUGCCUGCAGAGGGCCGAGGAUGCCAGAGGAGGGGGCCUCUGCUGUGGCCCCAGGGCCCCCUCUGUACUUACCGUGGGACUGCGGCGUCCACGAGUGCCUAGUCGCAUGGGUGCCUCCUCCCCAGUGUCCUUGGGGCUGUGGCCUUCGUUGUCUGCCGGGUUGGUCGUGCGGAAGGACCCACCCCACGGCAGUGGCCCCUGUUCCCAUUAGUCAGUGGGGUCUGUUGGCUCCCAGGGGCUCACGUGGGGCGUGUGCUGGGAAGAUCCUGAGCGCCUCUCCUGGCAUCGUCGUUCCGGAGCCGCCUCUCUGGGCAGCUUCCCCGUCACUCUUGAAGUCAUUGCUGGAUGAGAACAACUUGUGGGUUCCAAGGCCUCGAGACGGGUUGUUUCUCGUGGAUGACCAGGGCACGCCCCCU